ACGCCGACGCUAAAGGCGGACUGAGUUCACGUGCCUCUGCGGAUCCGCUUCCUAGAUCAACCAUGGCCCAGCCUGGGACCCUGAACCUCAAUAACGAGGUUGUGAAGAUGAGAAAAGAAGUGAAGAGAAUCCGAGUUUUGGUUAUCCGAAAACUUGUCAGAAGUGUUAGCAGACUGAAGUCAAAAAAGGGUACUGAAGAUGCGCUGUUAAAAAACCAAAGGCGGGCACAACGAUUGCUUGAAGAAAUUCAUGCCAUGAAGGAAUUGAAACCUGACAUAGUAACUAAAUCUGCUCUUGGUGAUGAUAUCAAUUUUGAAAAAAUCUGCAAAAAGCCUGAAUCUACUGCGACUGAAAGAGCAAUUGCCAGAUUAGCAAUGCACCCUCUUCUGAAGAAAAAAAUAGAUAUGCUUAAAGCUGCCGUCAAAGCCUUCAAAGAUGCAAGACAGAAUGAUGCUGAAGUUAAGUCAUCAACGAAUGCUUCAGAAGAAAAUCAUUCCAAGGACACUUCAUGUUCAAAUGAUAAUGCCAUUAAGUUGCAGCAUGAAGGUGCUAUUAUCAGUGAGCAAAAAGACAAGGAAGCCAAAAUAUUAGCAAAGAAACCAAUAAAUAGUUCAAAAGAAAAAGUAGCCAAGAUGGAACAUGGACUCAAAACAGUGGAUAUUCCAAAUUCUCCAUCACAGCCUUCUGAAAAGGAUCCUGUAGUUCCCUCUCGACCGCAGAAGACUCCUGCUGACCCCAAAAUGAAAACAGUAAGUCAAAACCAAGAAAAGAAAGCCUUUGAUAGUUCACUUGGUGAUAACAGUGAUGGAGAAGAAUCACAUGAAGAAGAGAAGGAGUAUUUUGAUGAUAGCACAGAAGAAAGGUUUUACAAACAGUCUUCCAUGUCUGAGGAUAGUGAUAGUGGAGAUGACUUCUUCAUUGGGAAAGUCAGACGGACACGAAAGAAGGAAAGUAAUUGUCCUCCUUCAGUUUUGGAACAAAAAUCUCCCAAAAAAGUGUUCCCUGAAGAAGAUAUACUUGAAACCCGUGAGAAUAUAAGAAAUGACAGAAACAAGCCAAGUACAGAAGCAAGGAAGUUUGAAUCAGUGUUUUUCCAUUCUUUAUCUGGAUCUAAAAGCUCUAGAAGAAAUUACAGAGAACAGGCUCCAAAAAGCAACACCCCAGGUUUUCAGCAAAAUGACCCUCAACUCAAAAAUCAGUUUAUUAAGAAUGCACCAAGAGGACCAGAAAAUACAAAACAGCAGACACAGCUGCCUCUUCAUCCUUCAUGGGAAGCAAGCAGGAGGCGAAAAGAGCAGCAAUCUAAAAUUGCUGUGUUUCAGGGGAAAAAAAUUACGUUUGAUGAUUAAUUAGUACCUCUUUUUGUGAACUUUUCCAUCUAAAAAAUUGUUUUCCUUCUUUUUGUUUUUUACCAGCCCAUUAUUUAAACUCGUAUUUGGAUAAGUCUUUUUGGAGGAGGUAUAGAAAUCAGUUUGUUGUCUUUAUUUCUCUUUUUUAAGUAUGUUCAAGUUAUGUUUACAUAAAUCUUGCACAAAUCUA